ACCCCUAUAAGAAGAUAAAUCACCAAGGAACAGGCAGUUUACAGUUGAAUCGUCAGACGGGCAGUUUACGUUUUCAACGAAUCUUCACGCACAUUCGAAGACACUGAAAGGCGUUCUACAAGGAUAACAUGUUCAGCACACUCGGAAGCGUUCUCAUAAGCGAUCCUGUGGAUGCUUGUUGCAGCGAACUGCUUGUUCGCCACGGUAUUCCGGUCACCACUAAAUACAAGCUAUCAAAGGAGGAACUAAUAAAAGAGCUUCAGAAUCACGAAGGAUUGAUCGUGCGAUCGGAGACAAAGGUGGUCAACGAUGUGUUUGCUAGUUGUCCAAAGCUCCGCGUGGUCGGCCGGGCUGGCACUGGCGUCGAUAACAUCGAUCUUCAAGCUGCCACGAGAAAGGGAGUCAUCGUGUUAAAUACACCCGGUGGAAACAGCAUCAGCGCUUGCGAGUUGACGUGCGCGUUAAUCUCUAGUCUGGCACGUAACGUUCCUCAGGCGGUUCAGUCGUUGAAAGAAGGACGAUGGGACAGAAAAUUGUAUUCCGGUUUCGAGUUAUCUGGAAAGACACUUGCGGUGCUCGGAAUGGGUCGAAUCGGUCGCGAAGUGACUCGGAGAAUGCAAGCGUAUGGCAUGCGUGUGAUCGCCUUUGAUCCUUUACUCACGUGCGAAAUCGCAAACCAGAUUGGUGUGGAGAAGCUCACUUUAGAUGAGAUAUGGCCCAUAGCUGAUUACAUCACCGUACAUACGCCGCUUAUUCCUCAGACAAGAAAUCUGAUUAACGCUACGACGUUGGCAAAGUGUAAAAAGGGAAUACGUAUUAUAAACGUGGCUCGCGGUGGUAUCGUGGACGAAGAAGCAUUACUGAAUGCAUUGAAGUCGGAUCACUGCGCUGGAGCAGCUUUGGACGUCUUUAUUGAAGAACCACCGAAAAACCCUGUCACUCUUGAAUUAAUCGCACAUCCCAAGGUCAUCGCUACUCCUCAUUUAGGAGCAAGUACCGAGGAAGCUCAGCAGCGAGUGGCCGAAGAGAUAGCCCAGCAAUUUCUAGCAUUGUCUGGUAAAUCGACAGAAUAUGCAGUUACCGGAAUCGUAAAUGCACCAAUGUUGCACGCUGCCAUGUCAGACGAGAACGCAUCGUGGAUCGAACUAUCGAAAAAGUUGGGUCAAUUGAUCGGUCGGUUCUUGAAAGGGAAACUGAAUGUAAUUGUACAUAGCCAAACAGUUGGUAAUGUCAGCAUGCGAGAAAAAGUAUUCGUCCACACAGCCGUUCUCGUUGGAAUUUUAUCAGGGCAAACGAAGAACGGUUUGAACUUGAUAAGUGCGCCUAUAUUAGCUGAGGACAUAGGCAUUGAUGUUAAAGGAAACCACAAAGAAUCGACUGAUGGGGAAGCAAUCGUUGUUGAAGCUGAAGGUCAUCAGAUCAAAGGAACGGUCCGUAACAAUGAACCACUGUUGCUCUCGCUGAAUGAUGCACAAUUCGGCAAUGGAAUCGCUCUAGGGAACUACGUCUCCUUGUAUCAAACUAACAACGUCCAAGAUCUGGCGAAAAUUGUGAACGCUUUCUCUACAAAAGGCAUCAACGUUUGCAACUUGAACGCCAGCGGAAGCUGGAUGGUGAUUCAAACCGAUCAAGAAGUUUCCGUACGUGUUGACAGCAUCGAAUCCUUCUGAAGCCCAUGUUGUUCAAUUAAGAGAAAAGCGCAGUAUUUUAAAACUCGGUAUGACUCAGUUUCACGCAAAUCGAGUUACAUUUUUGUUACAUCAAUAUAGAUUAAUUAUAUCUAUGCAGAUAUAAGGGUAAUACAAUGUUCGACUCUGUUCGCAUACGUAUUAUUUAUUGCUCCAAUCGAAAAUGUAGGAAAAAGAAACACAUGAGUUGUGUUUCUGGUGAAUACACCUGUACUAUGAUCACAUGUAAUUAAAAAUCUUUAUAAAUCUUAAAUACGUACACAUGUAUUGAAAACUAAAAAUAUACAAAAAUAUAUAUAUAUAUAUAUAUAUAUGUAUGCGUGCGUACGUGCAUGUGUGUAUGUGUAUACGUUAUAUGUAUACGCACAAGUAUUUAUAUUUUUAUAUUGCUAGUACUCGUUAAUAAAAUAUUACAUGUAUCACAAAA